GCGCUUGGGAGAAGGCCACAUUUUUGUGUGACCAAAAAUGGAUGCUCUGGACUCUGUUUUUGACCCCCUUAGAGAUUUCGCCAAAGACAGCGUUAGGCUUGUUAAGCGUUGCCACAAACCCGAUCGCAAAGAAUUCACCAAAGUUGCCACUCGUACUGCAAUUGGUUUCGUUGUGAUGGGAUUUGUAGGAUUUUUUGUCAAGUUGAUUUUUAUUCCUAUUAACAACAUCAUUGUUGGUGCUUCUUAAUUGGCCGUGUGAAGGAGAAACUAAAUGGAGGUACGGAAGGAAGCAACACAUGACAGUUCCUCCUAAUUUAGUUUAAUUUUGUAACCUGUUGCUUUUGGACCUCUGUGACAUCUUGUUCUGAACCUCCUUAUUCUUACUAAGUUAAUAGCAUUCAAAUCCCCCUUCU